GGAAGUCUGGAUAACAUGACUUGCAUGGUGGUCUGCUUCCCAGGGGCCCCCGGGCCUUGUGAGGAGGCAAUCAGGAGGGAGAUGGCAUUGGACGAAGUCCUGAGCCGCAAAGUUGCUGAGCUGUAUUUGUCUGCCCAGGAACCCCCAUGCCUAAACACGGUCUUCAGGACCCUGGAGUCAGAGGACAUCCCAGGCCUGCCUCCCGGAGGAGGGCUGCAUAGCAAGGCUUGCCUUUGCUCUCCAGGGCCACUGUCAUUGCCGAAGCUUACUCUAAACUCUGUCAGACUCCAGAGGAGUGUCAAGAGAAGAAGUGAGAUAGCAAGGAACCUACCAGCACCCACUCAACGCUUGACUUGAACUCGGGCCGGAUGGCGGCUGUCCCCCGGGGACCAUCUGCGGAGCUCAGGGGAAAUCUGUGCUUCCUUACCAUGGCUGGCUGGGG